AUAUUUUAAUUCCAAAUAAAAAUAAAUGUUAUAAGAAUCGAAAGUGCUAAACUGCUUCAAAAAUCCUUGCAAAAAAUAUUAAAAAAUUUUUUAAAUAAAACUCCGUGCAGCAUUCACUUUAGAAAAUAAAAUUUUUCUCCUCACAACCCACUAAGAAACAUUUCACCAGUGCAAAAAUCAGGCCAAUUAAAAUGUUGAAUCAUUACAUUUUCUGCUUUGCCGCCAUUGCGGCAAUACUCGGAAGUGCAACGGCUGCAACAACGUCUAACGGCGGCGCAGUUUCGGACAACUUGGAUGAGUACACAACGAGCGCGGUGCUGCCAUCAGCAAUAGCAGCCACACUAGCCGACGCGCCAGCAGUAACAACACCGCAAAAUGGAGCAAUAGCAGCACCGUCACCACCAGUUCCUCAAGCUGCGCCCCAACUGCCGAACGUUGGCGUGCUGGCCUACGACAGAGUAGGCAUAAGCGAUGGCGUGGAAUUUAGUCCAAUACCAUCCGAACCGAGUGCCACCAACAACUACUUUGAAGUCGCACCUUGUGAUCUUAAGGCAGUCGACAAAAAUGAGUGCAUACGCAACCUCUUUGCGCAAAUUGUACCUCAACUGAAGGUUGGCUUACCUCAGUACGGCAUGUCCUCAAUCGAUCCGUAUUUCUAUCGUCGUGGCAUUUUCCGUUACGACAACGAGGGCGUGCAAGGUGGUCUGCUCAUCAAAAAUAUGUACAUUAACGGUAUUAGUGAAUUCAAAGUGAACACAUUCCUGUCGAAUUUCACCGAGAAAGCGUUCAUUGUCAAGCUGAGCAUCGAAAUACCGCAAAUCAAGGCGAAUGGACAAUUUAAGGCCGAUGUGAAAUUUGGUGGCUUGCGUUUGGUGCCGAAGGGACCCUUCAAUAUAACGAUCGAUAACAUUCGUGCCACAAUACUGACCGACGGUUUGUUGGAGAACACCGAGGCGGGUCGUCGCUUGAAGUUGAACCGCUUGAACGCCAAUGUGGCUGUGGGCGAUGCUCGCAUCAUAGCGAAUGGCAUUUUCAGCGAUCGCAAUUUGAAUGCAAUGAUUUUGAAUUUGGUGAACGAGAAUCUGCCAGAAAUCACUCGAGUAGGCAUACCGGCUACACGCGAACAGUGGGCACCCAUUUUCACCACACAUAUCAAUCAAUUCUUUGCGAAUGUUCCUAUUGAUAAAUUCUUGAUAGAGUAAACAUUCCUUUUCUCUAUACACAGAUGUAUGUUCGCGAGAAGUUCAAAGCGAAAACUCAUUUAAAUAUUCGCCCUACAAAAUUUACAUAUUUUUAAGUGCAAAUACGUAAACUUAGGAAGCAAUUUAAUUAUUAAUAUAUAUAUAUAUUAUAUACAAUAUAAGCGAAUAAAACUUAGAUUUUAGUUUCUAGUUUAAGUUAUUCAUUACCACGAACGAUGCAUGUAUUUAUUUAAAUAUUAUUGCAUGACAUGCCCUAAUGUACCUUUGUAUUAUUA